AUGAAAAAUAAUCUGGAGCAGCAGUUCUCGGAGGAUCUAUUGAUCGCACAAUCUUCAAAUUUGGUAAGACAAGACUCAGACCCAAUCCCUGUUGACCUUCUUAUUGAUAUCUUCUCGAGAGUCCCGGCAUAUUCUAUAGCUAGGUUUCGUUGCGUAUCCAAAUCGUUGGAAUCCAUACUUCGUCGUCCUGAUUUCACAGAGCUGUUCCUGACUAAAUCUGUGUCUCGUCCACGGCUCCUUUUCGUCGUCCCAGUUAAUGACUCAGAUAAUGAAGACUCAGAUAAUGAAGAUCCAGUUAAUGAAGAGUCAUUUGUCUCCUCUUCGCCUCAACCUCAAAAUCCAGAUGACAACUCUUCUCUCUCCGUGGAUUGGUCUUCCUUCGGCACUGGGGAGUCCAUAUUUUUACCCAGUGUGAAAGCUAGCGGUAUUACGGAAAGCUAUUUUGGCUUUGAUCCGAUCAGCAAACAGUUCAAAGUGUUGUGUAUCACAUGGUCUCGUGAUGGAACACCCGAUACUCAUCGGAUUUUGACAUUGGAGACUGGAAUAAAACGUCGAUGGAGGACGAUCCAAGACCCAGUACUUCCCCAUGAUUCCAUGGAUUAUAACAUAUGCAUAAAUGGUGUUCUGUAUUACGGAGCUACAUUUCCUGAUGGAUGUUCUAAGAUGGUUUGCUUCGACUUUAGGUUUGAGAAAUUCAGCUUUGUUAAAUUACAUAAAGACAUUGUCCCUAAUAGGAGGUUACAAUUGUUCAACUGCAAAGGUAAAUUAGGUGCACAUCAGCGUUGUGGGUCUUAUGAAGAAAGAUUUGCGUUGUGGGUUUUAGAAGAUGCUGGAGAACAUAUAUGGUCGAAACGUAUAUGCAUAUUGCCAUCCCAACUCGACAAAGCAUGUUUCUUUCUUGGAAUGACUGGUACCGGUGAGAUUGUAUUUUCUCCGGUCACAGGCUAUCACCCUUUCUGCAUUUACUACUACAAUAUAGAGAGGCACACGGUUACAAGAAUCAAUAUUCAGGGUUUUGAAAAGUUUGAGCAUAGUAUGACUUCUGUUUCCACCUUUCUGGACUAUGAGUUCAAGGCUUCAGUAGGUGAGACUUUAUAUUUUGGAUUUCAGUAG